UACCCUCACCUCCCCCCCCAUCGCCCCCAUGCGGCGCUGAGCAGCGGCGGCCCCGGGAGCGGCCCCGGCAGCGGGGGGGAGCCGGGGGCGGCAGCGGCCGGGGGGUGCCGGCGGUGGCGGAGGAGCCAUGGAGGGCAUGGACGUGGACCUGGACGCGGAGCUGAUGCAGAAGUUCAGCUGCCUGGGCACCACCGACAAGGACGUGCUCAUCGGCGAGUUCCAGCGGCUGCUCGGCUUCCAGCUCAGCCCCGCCGGCUGCGCCUUCUUCCUCGACAUGACCAACUGGAACCUCCAAGCCGCCAUCGGAGCCUAUUACGACUUUGAGAGCCCAAAUAUCAACGUACCCUCCAUGUCCUUUGUUGAAGAUGUCACCAUCGGGGAAGGAGAGUCCAUCCCUCCCGACACCCAGUUCACAAAAACGUGGAGGAUACAGAACACAGGGACAGAGGCCUGGCCCCCAGGGGUUUGUCUGAAGUAUGUUGGGGGAGACCAGUUUGGCCACGUGAACAUGGUGAUGGUCAGGUCCCUGGAGCCCCAGGAGAUUGCAGACGUCAGUGUUCAGAUGUGCAGCCCCAGCACAGCAGGAAUGUAUCAGGGACAGUGGCGAAUGUGCACUGCCACAGGACUCUACUACGGAGAUGUCAUCUGGGUGAUCCUCAGCGUGGAAGUUGGAGGACUUCUAGGAGUAACACAGCAGCUGUCAUCCUUUGAAACAGAGUUCAACACGCAACCGCAUCGCAAGGUAGAAGGAAACUUUAACCCGUUCGCCUCUCCGCAGAAGAACAGGCAACCAGAUGAAAACAACCUAAAAGACCCUGGGGGUUCCGAGCUAGGCACAAUCAGCAAAAACACGUGGGGGCCUGCUCCUGACCAAAUCGAACAAGAUCAGAAUGGACUGUCACAAAACUCUGUAAAUCUCUCCCCCAGCAGUCACUCGAACAACUUGUCGGUAGUGACAUACAGUAAGGGUUUCCACGGUCCUUAUCCCUUCGGACAGUCUUAAAACACAAACACACAAAACGGGUAUCGGCAAGAGGAGAAUUUAAAGAACUGACUUUGGGGGGAAGGGAGGGGGAUCCGCGUGGCAGACAGACACAGCGUGGACCCCCCUUCUCUGCCUCCAUGUUCUGGAUAAAGAAGAAAAUAAAACAAAAGCCCAGUAACUUAAGACUAGCUGUUUCCAGAGGAAAAAUCUAAGUAUGCAUGUGUGAAUGCUGAAUUUCAGGAGUGCCGUUUAAUGCUAUGAGAAAGAGUAUACCAACGCCGUGGAUUUUUUUUUAGAAGUCAUUCUCACACUUAAUUAGGUAGCUUAAAAAGAAGAUUUAAAAAUGAAAAUGAAAAAAGCCAUCUUUAAGAAAAAUAUUUUGCCUACAGAGCGGUUGUAGUUUGAGCAAAUGUUUAAUUUCUGUUUGUUUCCUGUUCAUAUUUUUUUAAAAUAAGGGACAGCGUGCAUUUGUAUGGAACUGUCAUGUUUUGCUUGUUACCGAAUGGGAUUUUGCUUAGCAUCUUCUGGGUUUUGUGCGGUGACUUGUUUUUGUUGGAUGUGUUUUAAUGACAGGUUGGGUCUGCACCCAGCUCUGCGUUUUUAAUAUCACCUUCUGUUUAUAGUUACCAACUUCUUCAUCUUAAUUCUUCUUUUUUUUUCCCCUUUUGGUUUGGGUGUUGCUGUUAGUUGUCCUGCAUGUCGCUAGAAACCCUGCUGGAGACCAGGUCUCAGCAUCACAAUUAGGGAGAGACUCUGGGACUGGGUUAGGAUAGCGUGGAGGGCUCGUUCCCCUUCCCUUUGUACACGAAGUACACGUAAAUACACGCCCGUGUUAAUAAGAAACAGAUUUAUUAAAGUUCCAGAGCUAUGUGGUUAGCGUUUAAGAAUACCUUUUUGUUAACUCUGAUGUACAGUAGCUGUGCCUAGAGCGACCAAGCAAGUAUCUCGCUCUCGUGCCAAGAAGAAACUUUUCCUGUAGCCGUAAUUCACGUGCUGGUAGUUGCAGAGCUCUGCAAGUCCUGUCCUUAGGGCUUUGACUCUCCCGUCUCUCUCUCUCGCACACAGUUAAGUUGGAAUCCGUUUCUCCUGUGAUAAGGUGUUAGCUUCGAGGCUCGUUCUUGGCAUUUCUGAAUGUAGAGGAAGAGUCGGCAGCUGGGCUCGCUCUGUUGCCUUGUGUUGUUGCCUUUAUCAUCCUGGCUUGUAGCCUUGGUGAGGCUCUCGCCUUCUAACCGGGCUCUCCAGGGCUGGUUUCUAGAGGAGGGCUUGUUCCUCCAAAGAUGCGGGUUGCUCUGCUGCUCCUCCGCUGCAUUUUCUUGCAGUUAGUGGGUGGAAAGCCCGCAGUGAGGGGAGGGAGACGGCCUCGUGGGUUCCUAAAGCUCCGUGUCACCCUCACAUCCUCCCAAGGGGAGCGAGCUGAGGGGGCACUGGCUCGUGCAGAAGCUUGAACGAACUGCCAAAGAUACGACGAUAUGCAAAGACCCCGCUACCUUCUUCCAGAUCUCUCUGGUGCAGCCUCCUCUCUCCUCUUGGGAGCAGAGCGCAGGCGUGCUGCGGGCUGGUCGCUCUCUCCCGGUUGUGUUUUCUUGGUUGGCUUUCGGGGGAGGCUUCGUUUUCCUUGCAGCUACCAGUUAGUGCGUACAGGUGGAUCCUGUGGAGGGCUUGGGAGGAAACUAGGAUGCUGUAGCCCCGCGCUGACUGCUUGCUGUUACUUGUAUGGAAAUAGCUGACAGGUUUGUCUGUAUUUGGGUUUUAAGGGUCGCUGUUAACUAAAGCCUCCCUGCAAGAAUCUGCUUGCUGGGAGAAAUGAGUAUAAUGUGAGAAACCGCCUGUAUGCAAGAGGCACCGCGGGGUUUGGAUCGCCAGCCCCGUGCACGCGUGGUUUGGUGAAGAGCUGCUCAGGAAUGCAGCUGUGGCGGGUGGCGCAGUCUGGUUCUUGUCCUGGAACAUCCUUCUGCCCAGCUUUGGUUGUGUUGUCGUAGCAUCCAGCCCAGGGAGUGGUCUGCAUUGCUGCAGUGGUGCUGGGCAGGUCGAUCCUUUCCCUGCUCCCUCUUCUGGGAGCAGGUGGAGCUCGCCAGCAGCGUGGCACGCUCCGAAGCCGUGGAUGCCUGCCUGACCAGUGCAUCUCCUGCAAUGCUGCCGCUUCUGAAAGCAUCUAAAACACCCGGGACUGCAGUUUGUCCGGGUGUCAAGGUGAUUCCUUGUCUUUAUGAGCUCCUUUUGCCAGCUGGCUGGGUGGGGAAGCAAGACCUGAGCCUGCAUGCUACAGCUGGCACUGCGACCUCUGCCUCGUGUCGGCUGGGAGCCCCUUGAGCCCUCGGCUACCCCUGCUCUAGCUUUCUGCUCCCAGGCACGAAUUCUUCCCCUGCGUAGAGUGGCUGCCACGCCUGUGCUGCUCCUGCUAAGGCUGAAUUUUCCUUUCCUUGAAACAAGCUCGCAUGCACCCCACGUAGUCCCGUGCUCAGGAGGCACACUUGUUCUGCGCAGAUCCAAACCCACUCGCGAGUGAUUUUGGUCCGUGGUGGCCUCGUGACAAGGGUCACCGACUCCAGGGUGUGGAGAGAGGCAGAGCUCAAUCUGAGAUGCUGCUGAAAUCUGCAUCCUCUCUCUGCUCACCCCACAGCUGUCCCCCAGGUAGCCGAGCUAAGCGCUCUCAUCAUGGGGUGACCUCUCUGAAAUGACCGUGCAGAGCUCCGGGGGUGCUGGAGGUUGGGUUCUGGCCCUUGCUGUGCCAGUGGGACAACGUUUAGGUUGGUGGUUGCUCUACCUUGCCGGGUUUUUCCUCUAGUAAAAACUGUUUCACCGGGGCCGAAGGUGGUUUUCUCUCCUCUCUUGGAGCAUAGUGGUGCUGCCAGCCCUCACGCUGCUCUUGCUGUCAGGAUUCCAGCUUUAAACGAGGUGGGUUUGAAAUAUUCAGCAAAACUCCUUCCAGGUGACUUCAGGGCGCUGUGAUUGUAUGGGUUUCCGUAGGAUUGAGGCAUUCAAACUCAGAGACUUAGCAUCAGAUACAUGAAGUGAAUAGUAUGAAUUUUCAGGAGGGCUGAAUACCAAGAGUCUGGUGAGCGUGUGGCAGCUGAGGUGAGCUGAGCCCGGUGAGUUACACGUGCACACCUCGGGCCUGGUAGGGAUAGGAGGAAAUCGUGACUGAGUUGAGACUGGAGAACCAGUACAGAGGCAGCAUCACCCCAGCGAAGCCGCUGUUCCUGACCGGGGGGAGACGGGGCCGGCACCCACUGGUAGGUGAAGGCGCGGGGAUGGAGAUGCAGCUGGCUCCGGCCUGACGGGCACCCACCUGCCCUGAGGAAGGGGGAAAGAGCUUCCUUCCCCACCUGCUGCUCCAGAAAGAAAAAAUGAUGCCCUCUGUCUGCUCUCCAGACGGAUCCGUGUGUCGAGCAUGAGCCACCUUGGACAUGGAGCUGUCACCCCCCGAGCAGGGGCAGUGCAGGCAGCCCAGGGAAACCAGAGCGCGGUCAGAGCUCCGCAGGAGCAGCCCCAAACCUGUAAAAUAAAGGCACACGGAGGGGAGGAAUCCCCUGCCUGCAUGUCAGGGGUGUCGUACUCACAGUCCUCGAGGGCUGGAGGAUGCAGCUGCCCCUCCGAGGGGCAGAGCUGCGUGGGUGUGAGCAGCCGGAGCCCGCCGGGCUGGGAAAUGCACGCUGUCCCGUCUCUGGGUUUCUCUUGUGUUUAAUUAAUUUUAUUUUAUUUUUUUUUUCCUGGUGUGAGUGAGUGGGUGGUUCUGCAGCCUGUCUAUUCUCUCUGGGGGGAGUGCAUGUGUAGCCCAGGAUGGUGUGUUGCCUCAUGGAGUCUGGGAGAAGUCCUACGAUAGCACAUUGGGGGUAAAAAAUAAAAAAAAAUAAAAAGUUUUUUUUUUCCGUAAUGUAUAAAUGAAUAUUUGUAUGAUUAAAUUAACACAGAAAAAA